AUGACAGAACUAAGAUUCUACCAGCACAAAUUCACUGAAAUGGAAGAUGUGGUUAUGGUGAAUGGAUGGCCCACUGCUGAAAUGGGAGCUUAUGUCAGUCUAUUGAAAUACAACAAUAUUGAGGGCAUGAGUCCUCAGGAGCUGUCUAGAAGACUUAUCUGCUCCAUUAGCAAACUCAUCCAAAUUGGCAGAAAUGUCUGUGUUGCAGGCAUUAGAAUGGACAAAGAAAAAGGAUUUAUCAAUUUGUCAAAAAGAAGAGUUUCUUCAGAAGAAGCAAUCAAAUAUGAAGACAAAUUCAACAAAUCCAAAACUGUUUACAGCAUCCUUCACAAUGUUGCUGAGGUGUUAGAAUACAGUAAGGAUGAGCAGCUGCAGAGCCCAUUCCAGAGAAUUGCAUGUGUCUUUGAUGAUGAGUAUAAGAGCCCAGGAUGUGUAAUCUAUGAUACAUUUAAACAUGAAGUCUCAGGUCCUUCAAUCCUGCAUGAACUGUAUUUGAAUGAAGAUGACAGGCCAGUGCUGGUAGAUAAUAUAAACUGGACACCAUACACUGUCAAAAUCCAAGCUGAUAUUGAAGUAACUUAUUGUGGUUUUGAGGGUAUUGAUGCUGUAAAAGAAGUUCAGAGAGUGGGUUUGAAUUGUUUCACAGGAAACAUACCCACUGAGAUUAACCUGAUAGCACCUGCUCGAUAUAUGAUGAUUACUACAAUCAAGGGAAUAGAAGACCAGUCUGCCCUCAAAGAGGCUAUGGCUGUCAUCAAAGAAAAGAUAGAGGAAACUAGGGGUGUCUUCAGGGUUCAAAUGGAGACCAGAGUUGUCAUGGACACAGAUGAAACUGAAUUUGCUGGACAACUGGAGAGGAUAGAGAGGGAAAAUGCCGAUGUGUAUGGUGAUGCUGCUGCUAAAGAAAUGGAAGCCAAAGCUGUAGAUCAACCUUUUGGGAAAAAGACUGACUGGAGAAACACAGACCAGCUCUUCCUGGCAUAG